AUGUUUUCUUGUUUCUGUUUCAGCCUUCAGGAUAAUUCCUUCAGCAGCACCGCUGUAACAGAGUGUGACGAAGACACAGUCUCCCUACAUGAAGAUCAGACUGAUUGCUCCAGUCUCAGAGAUGAAGACAAUAAAGAAAAUUACCCCGAAGCCGGGGCUCUCCUAGAGGAGCCCGCACCACCCUCUCGGGAGCCACAGCAGCAUGUAGAGCAGACCUUGCUGGUGGACGGCGUGCUGCGACCCAGCAUGGGCAACUUCAAGUCCCGGAAGCCCAAGAUCCUGCUCAAGGCAGAGAGCGGGAGGAGCCACGGAGAAAGUCAGGAGACAGAGCAUGUGGUACCCAGCCAGCCAGAGUGUUGGGGGAGAACAGGAACACAAGUCCACGAGAGUCCACAAAAUCACCCUUUCAGGUGCCAAGAAACAGUGCGAGUUCAACAAAGACUCGACCAGAGGGCUACCAUUUGGUCAAAGGACACUUUUGAGACUCGGCAAGAGUUAAAUGAGGAAGAAGCUGCUCAGGUGCAUGGACUCAAGGACCCAGACCCAGUGUCGACCCAGAGUGUGCUUGCAGAAGGCGCAGAUGUUGCAGACCCUGCACCAGCCCACAAAGAUGGGCAGAAUGAAGCAGACAGUGCACCAGAAGACCUCCAGUCUGUCGGGACUAGCAGGCUUCUCUAUCACAUCACUGACGGUGAUAACCCACUGCUGUCACCACGAUGCUCCAUCUUCAGCCAAAGCCAGAGAUUCAACUUAGACCCUGAAUCAGCCCCUUCUCCACCCAGCACUCAGCAGUUUAUGAUGCCACGAAGUUCUUCACGGUGUGGCUGUGGUGAUGGCAAGGAGCCACAGACCAUUACCCAGCUCACCAAGCACAUCCAGAGCCUCAAGCGAAAAAUUAGGAAAUUUGAAGAAAAAUUUGAACAAGAAAAGAAAUACCGGCCUUCACAUGGUGACAAGACUUCUAAUCCUGAAGUCCUGAAAUGGAUGAAUGAUUUGGCUAAAGGUCGUAAACAACUUAAAGAACUAAAGCUGAAAUUGUCAGAAGAACAAGGGAGUGCUCCCAAAGACCCACCUAGAAACCUGUCCUGUGAGCAACCUGCAGUCCCCAGAGAGAAUGGGAAGCCAGAAGCUGUGGGCCCUGAGCCAAGCUCCUCUGGAGAGGACACUCCUGAUACUGUGCUGACAUGCCUAAAGGAGAAGACAGAGCAACUUCCUGCUCAGGAGGAUUCUAAGGUAGCUAAGCAAGACAAGAACCUCAUAAAGCCUCUUUAUGACCGAUACAGAAUUAUCAAGCAAAUCUUGUCAACACCUUCCCUUAUUCCAACAAUUCAGGAGGAAGAAGACUCUGAUGAAGACUGUCCACAGGGAAGCCAACAACCUUCUCUGCCAGAUCCAGCAUCUCACCUGCCUAUUGGCGACCACCUCACCUUCUCUAAUGAGACGGAACCUAUUAGGGUCCUGCUGUCAGAUGAAAAAAAAGAAGCCAAACAACCAGCCCUAUCCAUGUCCAAUUUACAUGAGGCCACUAUGCCUGUACUUCUUGACCAUCUCCGAGAAACUAGGGCUGACAAGAAGAGACUUCGGAAAGCCUUAAGAGAAUUUGAAGAACAAUUUUUUAAACAAACGGGAAGAAGUCCACAAAAGGAAGAUAGGAUACCGAUGGCAGAUGAGUACUAUGAAUACAAGCACAUAAAAGCCAAACUGAGACUAUUAGAGGUCCUCAUCAGCAAGCAAGAUGUGGCCAAAACCAUCUGA